UGUGAUAACAUAUUUUGUAACAUAAUUUUAAUUAUAAAUUGUAUCAAAGUAAAAUAAAGUAUGUGCUUGGAUCAUUUGGAGCCAAUUGAGAAUUGUUGUUUUUGUGUUAAACCUAGGAGAGCUGUGAUCGUUAUAUCCUUCUUCAAUUUGAUAGCAGCAUCGACAUUGUUCACUCACGCUGACUAUCUUGAUUUGCCUGAAACACGUUCGGUACAUUUCAAUUACUGGUUUAUGACAACUCUGACGAUUUGGUUAAGUUCCACGUUUCUCCUCGUGUCUGCCUGGUCUGGAGUUAUAAGGGACAACCGCACAUGCGAGAUUAUUCUUAAAAUAUACAUUUGGGUGACAAUUAUAAUUAUAUGCGCGCACCUUGUGUUCUGCUCCAUGUACCUGCAUUACUGCUGGGAGGAAAACUUCACCAGAGCUGCUAUACACUUCACGUUCUCCUUGUUCUUCUGUUUACUCAAAACAUACACAGUUAUGGUUGUGAAUACAUAUAGACGGACCUUAUAAUAUUACCAAUAAGUAUUGGUAAGGAAACAAGUAGAGAAGAAGAGAGAAUUCAAAAGCAUUUAAGAGAUCGGAGACAGAAUGAAUUAUCACGACCGGCGCUCUCACCCUUGGCAUCAUAGAACAGAGGACAGGCGUCGGGUUCGAUAAAAUAAUGACAAUAUACGACAAUGUCACUCAUGUUCAUGAGGCCGAAGAGGCUCUGUCACAGCUGAGUAACCUGAUCUCAACCGCUGUCACAGCCAUUUCAAUAUCUUUCAUGUUAGGUGGUGUGAUCCUACUCAUCGCCAAUUUAACGGACCAAGAGGGUCUAGCCCAAAUAUUCGUUGUGCUGGUCUUUCUGAACAUUGUAGUCGGUUCGGUCCUCAUAUUAGCCAUCGGCAUGGAAUGUAUUCUGGAGCCAAUAUGUCUGCUUGGCAAGAUGGACUGGCUGUCAGCCGCUACUUGCCUAAUAAUGAUGGUUUUCUAUUUAGUAUUGUGGUUCUAUUUCGUUUGCGUUGUGAACACGUACGCUACCAACGGAGUGUGACCUCACACAUUAAGAGUAACAGAAAAAUAAAAGUUAUCUGGAGACAAUUGUAUAAGCAAGCAAAGAACAAGAUCGAAAGUAUAAGGUGUUGUGACGUCAGAGAAUUGUACUGCGAAGUACAAACAUACAAGAAUUUGUUUUUAAGUGAUUUUUUUUGUCAAAUAUACAC